AUGGCAUACGUUGGAUCUUUAUCAUUACUCUUCGCAACAUUACUUAUGGCGGAAAUUUACGGUGAAAUUACAGAAAACUAUUCCAUUAUCUGGUUAUCUAAACCACUGUUGAUGCCUGUAUUAUUAUUAUUAGUUUUUCUCAAUGGACAUCAUAACUUAUCCGCCGAACGAUUUUGUUUAGUAAUAUCCUUGAUUUCUUCGUGUAUAGGCGAUAUUUUAUUGAUGCAACGUCGAAAUCAUUUAUUUGUGUUUGGUUUAGUUUCAUUUUUAAUUGCGCACAUCAGUUAUGUUAUUUCAUUCGUAGUCCGACUACGACAUGAAGGACCAGAAUUGAGACGACGAUUAACGAUUUCAGCAAUGAUAGUCGCCAUGGUUCCAUUUUUAGCAUAUAUUGCACUGAUGCUUUAUGUUUUAUGUCCGAAAUUACAAGUCGAUAGAGACGAAACCAAAGGUUUACUUCUACCUGUCGUUUUUUAUAUAUUUAUCAUUGUUGGUAUGGCGUAUAUCUCGUAUUUGCGUGAUCAGAAACUGCCUGGCUUUUGGUCGGUUUUUAUCGGAGCUGUAUUUUUCGUUUUGUCAGAUACUAUACUGGCUUUUAAUAGAUUUGUGAUACAGAUACCAGUCGCGGGCUUAUUUGUUAUGUUCACAUAUGGUUUAGGUCAAUAUUUAAUUACAAUUGGAACAUUGCAAAUCACAACAAAACAUUGGAAGACAUCAUAA